GCCGAUACAACCCUACUACUGCGAGCCAAGGCGGCUUAGGGGUUUCCCAAAUGCAGGAGACCUACUAAUACUAGCAAGGUAGAAGAAGGAUGUGCAAUUCUUUAUGGCAGUAUACCUGAAAUGGCAAUGGGUCACUCAAAAUGGCAGGAAUCCGGAACGGGAAAUGCGCCUGAAGUGAGUCCAGGUCGGUCCCUUGUCCCCCUGCAAUCGCUCGGUGAUAAUUUGAAGAAACGACAGUCUGUAGUCUGUGCAACCUCGUAAGUUAAAAUAUUCGGGAAGAUAGGCGGCGAAGUGUCGUUCAUCUCCACGAUCGCGGUGAUUCUGGUCUUCAAUCGUGUUCCUUUUGUCCUUUCCUACGGAAUCGUUCGAUCAUCACGAUACUAGGCAUGGAUAAAACAUGAAGUCAAUGAGAAAUUGAACUAGGAUGGCUGCCGAGAACAAGCUCUCGCCAUUGGCUCUGCAGGAACUGAAUUCCCGACUCUCAUCUACGGGACACCAAUUAAUCACCAGGGAGUCAGACCCAGCUAAGUACGCAAGGUGUAUCGAGCGGUGGUCCAUGGCGGCGGUGAAGCCUGCAGGAGCUGUCCUCAUACCAGAAAGUAUAGACGCCAUCUUCAUAGCCGUCAAUUAUGCCGCACAGAAGUCUAUCGACCUGGCGGUCCGAGGUGGUGGUCAUUCCACUGCCGGGUCGAGCUCCACCGAUGGUGGCCUCCUCAUCGACCUCGGUUCCUCAACGCGGUUCACGCAAGUUAAGGUGGAUAAGACGAAAAAUCAUUUGAUAGCAGGGGUCGGAGCUAAUUGGGGUCACGUCGAUGAAGCGGGGUUUGCUACGGGCCUGGCGACAGUUGGCGGCACAGUCAGCGACACCGGGAUCGGCGGCUUGACUCUUGGGGCGGCAGAUGGGAAGCUCUUGACCGUGAGUGAAGAACAGAAUGCACAAUUGUUCUGGGCUCUUUCGGGAGCAGGACACAACUUUGGUGUCGCAGUAUCAUUCACGUACCAGGGUCAUGCUUAUGGCACAGGCCCGGUAUCGAAACGCAUCGCCGGCGCAGAGGGUGGACAGGCCUACGCGGGUACUUUGGUCUUCCCUGUAUCACAGCUAAAUCAGGUCAUCGCGGUGCUCAAUAGGUUGUUCGGCGCACAGGGCACAUUGAAAGGAGGUGCCGGGGCAGGAGGAUUCGCUCUCGCAAGAUCGCCUCCGGAGGGAGGUCCCGUUCUCGUAAUUGUCCCGGUGGUAUGGCUAAACGACAAAAAGUCCGGCGAUAUUGCUCUUAAGGAACUUUUUGAUCUAGGUCCAAUUGUGGAAGAUAUGAAGAUGAUGGACUAUCCAGGGAUCAAUAACAUCUUCCAAUUCAAAAAAGGCAUGCGCGGGACCAUGAACUGCUGCGCUUUCAACCUACCCAUCCGCGAAGAAUUCGUGCAAAGGCUCCUCGAGUCAUAUGAAGAUUUUACAGAAAGUGUCCGUUACUCUGCGAGGAGUGUACUGCAAUUCGACCUAUUUGAUCCAACCGUUGUGGCCACCAAGGCAUCUAACACAGAUAUGGCUUUCCACAAUCGCGGCUAUCACUUCAAUGCAGCCGCGAAGGUAUUCUGGCACUCCACUGAACACGACGUAAGGUGCAGGCAAUGGGCCCGCGAUAUUGCUGCCAUCUUCAAAGCGGAACUGAAAAGAGAUGAGAAGGCUAGCAACAAGUCAGACUCCGACCCUUUGAUGAUGUACGGAAAUCUUGAGUAUUAUGAUGAAAAGGCCGGCGACGUGUUCGGCACCAAUCUGACGAAACUUCAAAAGCUCAAGGCGCAGUACGAUCCGACGAACAUGUUUGACAAGCAUUUUAUCGUGGAUCAACACGGAACCCUUACGGGCUGGGUUCUUAUUCGAAAGUGCGAACUUGGAUAUCAAUUCGGUCCUCUUUAUGCGGAGCGACAAGAUGUUGCGAGCCUGCUUGUGCAUGCUGCUAUAGAGAGCCUGGAAGACAAGGGUGCAAGCUUGAUUGCGGAGACAUGGCACGCGAACCCCGCUGCCAUCCCCAUUUUCGAAAGGCUUGGCUGGAAAUGGGCGAGUACUUUCUAUAGAAUGUGGUUUAAGGGACGUGUGCCAGCAGCUCAAGCACCAGGGGGCAAAGCGGAAAGGGCAAUGUACGCCGUUUUCGAUGCGGCCCAGGGGUGA